CUGUGGGGCUCAGUGAGGGGUCCCCGCCUGCAAAUUUCUCUCCAGCUCAGGCCUGGGGUGUCCACCCAUCCACCCUUCACAUGAGGACUGUGAACAGGCCAUACAGGGGGCCUCCAGUGGAUGGACUGGCCAAGAAGUUAAUGCCCACCGCAGAACCUCACCCAGGACUCUAAGAGGUGGUCAAUAGAGCAGCCCCUUCUAGAACCUGCCUAGAACUUCUAGAACCCGUCCGCGGUCCAUCCUGGGCUGCUCCCUGGCCUUGCUGCCCUGUCAGUGGCCUAUGAGCUCCUGCUCCUUCCUGGGCCUGCAGCCCUGGAGAAUUUGCUCACUCAGAUCCCUAAGGGCCGGGCCGGCAGCCUGCCCACGACCUCCAUCGGCUGGCGCUUCCAGCUCUGGUCCCUAGGACUCUCCUGCCCGGAGCGCCACCUGGCCAGGCGCCUCAAGAACAAUAGCUUCUACCCAUUCAUACAGCAGCAGCCAAAUGUCUUCGUGCUCGAGUACUACCUGGACACAUUGUGGAAGGGGAUGCUGCUCUUCGUCAUCAGCGUGGUCCUGCUCAGCUUCAGCUCCCUGAGAGAGGUGCAGAAGCAAGAGACCUGGGUCUUCCUCGUGUACGGCGUGGGCGUGGGCCUGUGGCUCGUGAUCUCGUCGCUGCCGCGGCGCCGCCUGGUGCUGAACCACCCGCGCGGCGUGUACCACUUCUCCAUCCAGGGCCGCACCGUGUGCCAGGGCCCCUUGCACCUGAUCUACGUGCGCCUGGCGCUCAGCUCCGAUGCCUACGGAAGGUGCUUCUUCCAGCUGGUCCUCGGCGGCCACAGGUUGGAGCCCCUGGUGCUGGUGCAGCUGUCGGAGCACUACGAGGUGGGUCCCUCCUCGGGACACGAUGACACCGAUCACUGUUUAAGGUCUUUGGGUGGGGCCGUUUCCGCACGCAGAAGCAAAUGGAAUACUUGGGGCGUUACAUCGCCAGGAAACUCAACAUCAACUACUUCGACUACCUGGCCACCUCCUACCGGCACGUGGUUCGCCACUGGCCACCCCCUAGCGCUGGCACUGUGUUGCGCGGGAACCCCGUGGGUCACAAGCCCGGCUCCUCUCAGUCCAACCUGGAGGUGUGACUCUGAGGGCCUCCCCCACCCCGGGACUGCGUUCUCCGUAACCUCCCAGUCCCACUCGGGCAGAUCAAAUGUGAGUCUCACUCACUGGCCUUCCUUUCAAUAAAGCUGCCUCAGCUUC